GGGGAAAUGCUUGACUUUGAAUUUAAGCAAGUAGUUCCUUUUUAAAUGUGGUAUAACAUUUACAUAUAACAUUUUAAAGAGUGUGUAGGACGGUACGGUGUGAACUGCAGUAGGGAAUGUCCACGUGGAUAUUACGGAAAACAGUGUAACGAGAAGUGCACCUGUGAUGCUAGACAUUGUGAUAAAGUUUGGGGUUGUCUAUCACCUACACCGGGUAUAGUAAAGUCUCAUUAUAUGUAAAUGCUCAGAGCAGGUGUGAAUGAAUUUGAAUAUAUGUAUCUUACUGCUCAUACUAUUUUUUUUUUUGUAUCGACUACCAAAAAUUUCAGUGGUACAGCCAAACGAAAAACGCGGACCAGAGAGGGCUUUUCCACACGUUUUAUCCGCCUUGCUUUCUGUCAUAGUUUUAUUGGUUUUAAUAGCUCUAGGAAUCGCUUACAGGUUAAAAAGAAAACACAUUGAAAUUUCAAAAGCCAACAAUUCUACACAAGAUGACAAUGGAGAGAGAGGUACAAGUACCUCAGAUAUAUAUGCCGCUGUGGUACGUCCAAACAGGAAACCUUUUAGGGGUAUACAACAAAACGAUAUGACGUAUGACAAUACAUUGAUUCCCGAAACAUCAAACCAAGAAUACGGAAGAUCGAAUACUUUACAAAGUAGCAAUUCCUACAUUUAUAAAGAAAAACAAACGCUUCGAGACCUUAAUACCCCAUACAGCAUGUGUAUAGGACUAGAAGACGCCUACGAUAACACUCUUUGCAUUCGUUCAUCCUCAGACUCGCAAAGAGAAAAAAGCGUUGGCAUCGAACACAGUUCAGUGGACAACUAUGACGUCACAAUGUAUGAUGACAUAGACCACGAGGGAGACUCUUUUGAUCAGAGAGAGACAUGGAACUGAAAACCAGAUACAUUAUAAUAUCAACGUGUUAAUCGUAUAAGUCGUUAUAAUUCUCCUGAAUACAAAAUAACAUGUGAAUACAGAAAAAUUAAACUAUAAGAUUGCUUCACUUUAAAAAUUGGUUAGAAAGGUAUACUACCAUUGAUGAAUUACUUAUCCAGGGAUUUUUUUAUUUUCGUCCCUUUCGCCCUUACCUCGGUUGGGCGAAUUAAAAACAGGGCGAAUUCAAAGAAUUCAGUAUCAUGUCUUAAACAAAAGUGUAACUGGGCGACUUUAAGAUGGGGCAAAAUUGUUUGCAAGAUUGAAAGGGCGAAAAUAAGCGGGGUGAAAAUAACAAUGUACAUGUAUACAGUAUAAUUAAAAAUUUACAGCUGGCUAGGAAAGUGGAAUGCCGGUUUUGAAUUUGAUGUUUUCAUUCUUCUUUCAAAUGCACUACUCAAAAUUGAUAUGUACUUAACACAAACACUACUUAUUAAUAAAGCAAUAUACAUUUC